CUCCAUCACUGCAUCCUGUGACCUCCUUCUGAACGUAAUUUGAAGAAGAAGUUGUUGUGCGCUCACCGUCAUGGCUACCGAGAAGUCGUUUUAUGACCUUACAGCGAAGACGCUGACAGGAGAGGAGUUUAAAUUUUCGUCUUUGCAGGGCAAAGUGGUUCUAAUAGAGAACGUGGCGUCUCUCUGAGGCACGACCACCAGGGAUUAUACCCAGAUGAACGAGCUCCAUGAGCGCUUCUCCGCCAAGGGACUUGUGAUUCUGGGCGUACCCUGCAAUCAGUUUGGCCAUCAGGAAAAUAGUAAAAAUGAGGAGAUCUUGCUCUCCCUAAAGUAUGUCCGUCCAGGAAAUGGCUUCGAGCCCAAAUUCAAGCUUUUGGAGAAGGUUGAUGUCAACGGACAACACGAACACCAAUUGUUCUUCUUUCUCAAAGAGAAGCUUCCAUUCCCCAGUGAUGAGCCCACCGCACUAAUGAAUGACCACAAAUGCAUCAUCUGGAGUCCUGUGUGCAGGAGCGACAUCUCCUGGAACUUCGAGAAGUUCCUAAUCGGCCCGGAUGGCGUUCCAUUUAAACGCUACAGCAAAAGAUUCCUGACCAACAACAUUGAGGGAGACAUAAAGAAGCUUCUUGGAAUCGCCAACUAAAGUGUCUUGACCAGUGUAGUCUUUCAUAGCUUGUUGUGCCCUCAUAUGCUUCAUGCUGCUGUGUUGGGAAUUUUACUUAAUGAAGAUGCCCUCUUAAACAGUGUUGUGGAGGGUUGUCAGAUGGUCGUAAAAAACCACAACUUAACAGUUGCAUUGAGCCCAUGAAUGGCACAUCAUGCCUUUUUUGAAUAAAUAAAUGCCUUGUACUUCUGA